GAUUAAUAAAAAAAAAAUAGAUUAAAAAAUGCUUCCAAAAGUAAAUCAACCAAACGCAUAACAAACAUUACUUAAAAAAGAUAACAUAGCUUCCUAAUUAAUUGUAGAAGAUCACUUAAAGAGCAUGUUAGCUAAAUCUGCUAAUGCAGUAUAUAAGCCAUGGAAAAACAAUUUUGCACCAAAAAAUCCUCAUUCUCCAUUUGGGGAUUAUCCAAAGGAAUUUAUGCAAAUCAAAAAAAUCGCUCCAAAAAAACACACUCCAAUACAUGAAGAUUCUUAAGCUGCUACAGUUAUAAAUAAGUUUUAAGGAUUAAGAUAAGGUACAGGUGGAAAAACAGCAAGCCUAUUACCUCAUAAAUAAUUUUGUUUUCCGCCAUAACCUUAGUGCGGAGCAUUUGUUUAGAGAUCAAUUCCUUUGUCUGAAUUCAGAAGAUAUUAUGAUAGAGGAGAUUUACCUAUUAAAGUAGAUCAUUAAGGAUCUGUAAAUAAAAUAAUUUGGAAAAUAUCACCUGAAUAAUUAGAUUAUCAUCAUUAUUUACCUAUUUUCUUUGAUGGAUUAAGAGAAAAAAUGGAUCCUUAUAGAUUUCUUGCUAUUUUAGGUACUUAUGAUUUACUUGAAAAAGGUGCAAAUAAAAUUCUUCCUGUUAUCCCUUAAUUGAUUAUUCCUAUUAAAACUGGAUUAAAUACUAGAGACCCGGAAAUCAUUGGAAUUUUAUUAAAAAUUCUUUAAAAAUUAGUUGUUAGUGGAGAUAUGAUUGGUGAGGCUUUGGUUCCAUAUUAUAGACAAAUACUACCUAUUUUCAAUUUAUAUAAAAAUAAAAAUAUGAAUAUUGGAGAUUUUAUUGAUUAUGGUUAAAGAAAAAAAUUAACUUUAGGCGAUCUUAUUUAAGAAACAUUAGAAUUAUUUGAAUAAACUGGAGGAGAAGAUGCUUUUAUUAAUAUUAAAUAUAUGGUUCCUACAUAUGAAAGUUGCGUUCAUAAUUGAAAAAGGAAUUUAUAAAUAAAAAAAAGAAAGAAAAAUAAACAUAUAUAUUUAUAAUUUAUAAAUAUUUUUUAUUUUUUUAAUAUUUUAGAAAACAUUUUAUUUUUUAAUUUUAAAUUAUAAUUAC